AGGAUGAUGAAGUCGUGACCAAGAACGAGAAAGAAACCCUUUCCUGGAUUUGGACUAUUUGGCGUUCGAAAUAAUCAUAUCUUUUCCUGAAGAAGCACGACGUGGUACGUCCUCUCUGACUAGGUUCUAGUGUUCAUCCACACAUCAAUCUCCUAGCAUCAAGCGAAAUCAUGGGUCUUCCCCCGCAGAUGCAGGGUGCCAUUGGGUUGGCUUCCCCCGGAGUCGACCCCUGGGGUAAGAUGAAGCCGCCGCGCAAGAGCACCGGCUCGGGCCCGGAUAUGGACCAGCCGGCCUCCGCAUUAAAUUCCUUUCUGUCCCCCGCCCAGAUCGCCAGCCGCGCGCCGAUGGACUUUGACACGCACAAUGUCCUGCGCGGCCCGAACAAUUUGUCCACCACAUCCGAGUACCGCAUUUGGGAGGUGAAAGGCACGGCCUUUGACUACGGGGGCUCCUUGAUCCCCGCCCACACCUACAACAUGAUCGACUCGGAAACCGGGAAGCUGAUCGCGAUGAAGCAUAGGCAGUCGAAUACGGACUUGUCGACCAUUCCGGAGAGGAAAUUUGAAUCCGAGGAGGACGAAAUGAUGUUUUUGGAAAAAAUUCUCGCUUUGAAAAAGCUCGCGGUCGUGAAAAUUCUGGAGCGCGACAUGAACCUCUGUCGGGGCUUCGUGGAGCACAGCCGGGACCUGCGCCGGAUGAUUGAGCGCAGCAAGGUGUUCCAAUAUGUCGACACGGAUCCGAUCCACGAGCUGAAACUCCCCGAGGACCCUCGGAAAGACGUGCUCAGCCCCUUGAGCAAGCAAGAGCCGACCUUUCUGGACCAGUCUAAUGCAGCGGAAGAGAACACCGCAAUCACGGGCGGCACGGUCGCAAACGUUGUCCGCGUGGCCCGACCGGACCAGUACGCGCCGGCCAGCAUGCGAAAGAACCAGGCGAUCCGGAAGGCUAAAGACCGCGCGCAGCGGGGUGUGACGCAAGAAGCGGUCACCGGGAUCAAUGAGUUAGCGAACGCCGGCGGCAUGUCGCGACCCCCGCAAAACGCGGCGGAAUUGGUAGCCUGGCACCAGCAAAUGAAGCGAGAAAAGGAGUUGCGGGAGGGAUUCACUUUUGCGGAUGGCGCAGACGAACAGAAUAAACCGGACAACUUUCGUUUCGGAGACUCGAAGGUUAUGUUGUGA